AUGUCUCAUGGCGUGGUGAAGAGCUCAAAGAAUGGGAACAACGUGCAAGCGCCGGAAUCUUCGAGGGAGGGUUCAGAGAGCCUACCGCCGCCCCCAGACGGUGGUUGGGGCUGGGUGGUCGUUUUUGCUUCCUUUAUGAUUCAUAUAGUCACUGAUGGCAUGACCUAUUCUUUCGGCGUGUUCUAUGCAGAGUUCCUGACCUACUUCGAUGAGGGUAAAGGCAAGACCGCUUGGAUCGUUUCUAUCCUCGUCGGGGUUACGCUUAGCUCGGGUCCAAUUUCUAGUUCCUUCGUAAAUCGUUGGGGUUGCCGCAGAGUAACCAUUGUCGGUGCCUUACUCUCAGCUGCCUGUAUCAUUGUGUCUGCUUUUGCAGGCAACGUAAUAACACUUAUAUUUACAAUUGGAGUAGGAGCUGGUCUAGGCUUCGGUCUCAUCUAUCUCCCAGCUAUCGUGAGCGUCACUGUAUGGUUCGAGCGAUACCGGAGUCUUGCCACAGGUAUUGCGGUUUGCGGAUCAGGCCUGGGAACAUUCCUAUUUGCGCCAAUCACAUCGUCUCUUAUAUCGAACUACGGGUGGCGUGGAGCAAUGGCCAUAAUGGGAGCUCUUAUUCUUAAUUGCAUACCUUUAGGCCUCAUGUUCAGGCCAGUCCCUGAACCACCAAAAUCAUCAGCAUUGGAACCUAUGCUAAUCGAGUCAAAAAAAUCUCCACUAAAACGGUCACAAAGUACCGAAAAUAUUGCUAAUGGUAAAAUAGAAGAUGGUGAUGUCGCAAGGUUAACACUUUCUCAGCCUGCAUUGAAUAAACCAAACGACUUAAGGCAUCAAUCUCACUCACGCCGUGGUAGCGGAAUAAUGCAACGUCCAGAUGUAUUAUAUCAAGGAAGUAUGACAAGUCUUGCCAAGUUCAGAGGAACAUCUCCUGAGAGAGUACAUCUAAGAGAACAGUCUGAAGAUCGGGUACAAAAAUGUGGCUGGUUACCAUGCUCAGACGAUUCAAAAGCAGUUUUAUCGGAAAUGCUGGACCUAUCACUUUUAGUCGAUCCAAUAUUUAUUUUAUUUUCUCUAUCAAACUUCUUAACUAGUAUUGGAUUUUACAUCCCAUAUGUGUACACAGUCCCUAUGAGUGAAAAGUUAGGGGUACAGAAUCCAGCUUAUUUAAUAUCAAUAAUUGGAGCAUCUAACUUAAUAGGAAGGGUAAUUCUGGGAUAUAUUAGCGAUAAGCCUUGGGUUAAUCGACUGCUGGCUUACAAUUUGUGCCUUACUGUAUCUGGCAUAAGUACGGCGCUAGCGAUGGCAUGCUGGGAAUUUUGGGGCCUGGCGCUAUACGCAACUACUUUCGGGUUUACCAUUGGUGCUUACGUAGGAUUAACCUCGGUGGUGUUAGUAGACCUACUUGGCAUAGAAAAACUUACCAACGCUUUUGGUCUACUAUUAUUGUUUCAAGGAAUUGCCUCACUUAUUGGGCCACCAUUAGCAGGUUGGCUCUUCGAUGAAUUAAAUUCUUAUGCUCCUGGCUUCUACGUAGCAGGCAGCACAAUAUCACUGAGUGGUCUCAUUCUAUUUCUCAUUCCUGUCAUAGAAAAACGUAACAACAAAAGAAGAUGGAACCAAGAAACAAUAAUGGAACAAAUAUAG